AUGGGGAAGACACUUGAUGUCAUCUUUGGAAGAACUUCAAGACAGACAGCAAAGUUGAAGGCGUUGCUUAAGCUUUGCGUCCAGAGGAUCACCUUCAUCGGUAACCAGCACCGGAUUCAGUGCUUGCAGUCUCGUGGGGAUAUCCUCCAGCUCUUGAAGCUCGGUUAUCGUGAUCGUGCCAUUGCUCGUGCUGAACAGGCAAUCAAGGAACAGAACGUGCUGGAUGUGUUUGUGAUGAUAGAAGCCUAUUGUCAUCUCUUGCAUGAGAAGGCUACGUUCCUUGAACAUCAAAAUGAAUGCCCGGAUGAGCUUAGAGAAGCAAUCUCAAGCCUUAUCUUUGCUGCAUCGAGGAGCGGUGAACUGCCGGAGUUGCAGGAUGUUCGGAGAAUGUUUGCAGAGAAGUUUGGCAGAGAAUUCAGUUCUGAUGUAGUGCAACUCCAUGGUGAUUUUCAUGUGAAUCAAAAGAUGAUACAGAAGCUUUCUAAGAAACACAUAAACCUUGAAACCAAAUUAAUGGUGGUAAUAGAGAUUGCUGAGAAAGAAGGGAUUGAGUUUAAGCUUGAAGGACUACAUUUUUAGAGCAAAGAAGGGAAUAUCGAGUUUGCUGCAACGAGGAGGUUAAAAAAGCACUGCUGCUUCACAACAUUAAUGGUUAAACCAUCAACUCAUCUGAAUUUGAGUUUCAGACAAGUGUGAAUGCCAUUGAAGAGCAGCAGCAUGAGGAGGUUUGCAUGGAUAAACAGUGUGGAGUUGCACAACCAGUUGGAUGCAGCUAUAGGCCAAAUUUUUUGU